UUUUAUUAUUAUCUCUUUUUUUCUAUUUUCGUCGUUAAUUGGAAUAAGAACGUCUACCAAAUCGAGAAAUAAAUAAAAUCGAAAGAAUAAAUAUUUUUGUACCUAAAAAAAAAGGAAAAAAAUACAAAUUGUGUUCGCCUGUCGUGAAAUCAAUAAUAGAAAUAAUUUCUAGUUAGACCCCCCCAUUUGUGUUCCAUUAAGUAAUAAAAAAAAAUAUACGCGCUUAUCGUAAUUUCGAAUCGUUGAUGUAAAAUUGUACAGUAAAUUGACUUCACAUAUACAAUAAAAACGACGAAAAUGUACGACGUGAACGAUAUUCAUUGAAAAUUAUUGCUUACUCUGCAUUCUUUGACGACACUUCGAUUUUGGAAUGAAGUAGCCAUCAACAUAAAUGCAUUCUUGAACUAUAUGGCCUCGACAACUCGGACCGAACAGUAGAUAUAUCGUGAAAUUGAUUCCAGUUAUUAUCAGCUAAAGGCAACUGUUCUUCUCUCUUCCUUUUUUGAUGAGCCGAACACAAACACACACACGACACGGACUAUGUACAUUAUGUGUCAAAUAUAGGGCGAUAAAUGAAACAAAACACUUAAUGGAUUUUCCUCUUCGAAUUGUGCCACAAUUGUCAAAAGGAAAAGCACCUUCGAUUGGAAAGCAUUUAGCAAGGGAAUAAAAUAAUGGCAGCAUCCGUAUACGGAGGUAGUCCAGCCCACCAUAAUCGUAUUGUGCACAAUUCAAAUGGAUUACCGAAUUCACAUAAUCAAAUUAUGGCGGACAGCUUAUCACAUGGACAUUCAACAUUUUACCAUGAUCCUGCAUCUUAUUUGCCACACCAAAAUUUCACCUCACUCAAACAUUCGACGGCUUUAUCAUCGAUAUUUGUAGCACCACCACCCGUACCACCACACCAAAUUCCGCCACUGCCAAAGAAAACGAAAAAAAAUUAUCGAACAAUCAGCGGUGGUACAGUCAUACAUUCAGGAAUGGUAACCGAUCAACAGCAAAAUUUUGUUCGAAACACCAAACGCAAAUCAGCCGUUGAACUUUUGGCCGAAAGCAAACCGUAUUACGUAAAAUCAGAGAAUGUAUUGGAUAAAAAACAGCAAUUACUGUAUCAAAGUAUGCGAACACCAUUCGCAACCAAAUCAAAUACCAACACCAAUUUACCACCAUCUAGUGCAUGUCUGAUUUCACCAUCACAUACAUUUCCACAUCAACGAGCGUCACAUACGCUGAACAACCGUCGAUCUGUGUCAGCCAAUUCGGAAUUGCUUCAAAUAAAGCUGAGGCGGCUCAUUAAUGACUCAUCGUCGCCAAAGGAUAGCGUCUUCGAUUCGUAUGUACUUGCAUCACAACAAAAGAAUCGACGGCCCAGCUUUGAUUAUGAGCACACAAAAUUUGAUCCACCACAACAAUUUUCAUCACCAAAACGAUUUAAUCAAGAGCUAAUCAUACAUCCGGUUAGUGAUUUGAGUAAUGAUAACGAUGUGAUGUUUCCAAGCGCAUUUCUUUCACCGCAAUCCUUACCAUCAACGAAUACAACAUUUGAUGAUAUUUACUGUGAUUAUAAAAGUUCUUCAAUACUGAGUGACUAUCAACCGAUCAGUCCACCAGCCGAAUAUGCCGAAUUCAAUGAUUCACCGAUACACCAAAGGUCACACCGAAAAGAUACAAAUCGUUCUGUAAAUUAUCAACGAUCCUAUUCCCAUUCGCAAACUGUGGACAUAGAAGAGCCAGACUAUGAGUCACCAACCCAUAAUAAAAUAAAUCAUAAAUCCUUGCCCGAUCUGCAUACACAUACGCAAACUAAUCGUAAUUCACCUUAUAGCGAAUAUUCAGAAGGUCGUGGAAAUCGCUCGAAUAAAUCAAAUAGCUCAUUGAAUCGAGACUCAGGUGGAUCGUCAGGACAUUAUACUCACCGAAGCGAGCCUUUUUACAAACAAGAACCGCAUAAGAUGCCGCAAUCAAAACAUAAUAAACCAUAUUCUAACUUCCAACAGCAACAGCAGCAGCAGCAGCAACAACAAAAAUACUAUGGACCAGAUAAUCGACGAGAUAGUGGUUCGUCAACGCAGCACAGCGGUAAUUCGUAUUACAAUGCGUACGGCGGUGUCACUAGUCGAAUUGAUUGCAUCGAAUGUGAUAAUAAUCAAAGCCCAACCGAUGCCAAUUGCUUACUUAACUUUACAACGUCUGUGGUGCCGGAGGCAUUCCAGGAUCAUUUUAGCGAUAAUGAUAAUGAUAAGGAUAUAAAUGAAAAAUCAAAACAAUAUGUAGACGAGCCCAUUUUACGGGCAAGUAGAGCAUCAAUAUUUUACAAUAAUACAAGAAACUAUGAGCCCGAUUUACAGGGAAUGUCGAUACCAUUACCUAGCAAUGAUUUAUUAUCACCAAUUGAAGGUGAAAUCAGUCCACCAUUGGGAACAUUUAAACGACAAAAAUGCUUUCGUAUCAAGCAGCAUCCAUCGCGUCAUCCAUCGCCCAGCGAUCGAAUUUCGAAUGCGGUUGCAAUGGAUGAUCGAAAGCCAAUUUUACGAUCGAAAAGUGAUAUCAGUCAUCGGUAUUUUAGCCGAAAUGUGCAAAAAAAUGAUUCAAUGUAUUUACCCGAAAAUGGAACAAUCAAUGAACAACAACGUGCCAAAUCCGAAAAUUUCACCGAAUUAGAACGUUUUUUUGAUCGUCUCGGUUUAUCCGAUGACUAUAAUAAUUCAACCGAUUCAAAUCGUUCGAGUCCCGUUUUCUUCUCAGACGUUGCAACUGUUGAUUCGGAUCAAUUGCCGGACAGUACCGAAACUCAACUCGAAACACAACCAUAUCGACCAAUUGAACCAGCACGAACGCAAACAUCAAUUGUCGAACGCAACGCUCGCAUUAUUAAAUGGUUAUGCACAUGCCGGAAAAUGCAAGUGACUUGAGACAACAAUUUAAUCUGUUGUGUUCAACAGCAAUUUGUCAUUCUAGUUUUCUAUUAGUUUUCUAUGUAAUCGCAUGUUAUUUUGUUACAGAAAAAUACACAUAGACACACACACAUAAACAUAUUCGUAUAUGUAUAAUAUCUUUAUUAGGAGACUUCAAUAACCCAAUUAAUUAUAUUUUUUAAAAAAAUAUUUAGACAGAUUAUGAACGAUUGAAAUACAAACAAUUCGAGAGAGAGAGAAAAAAAUUAGCAUCUUCAUGAAACCAUCAUGGGUUUUUGUUUUUGAAUUAUCUAUUUUAGCAUACUAAAUGCUGUAAGCCAUUAAUUUCUUCAAUUGUGUGUUGUACUGUUUGUCCAAAAUUUAUUUUUAAAAAAAAUCCAUAAAUAUAAAUAAAAGUUUAUCACUGUUUGAAUUGUUUUGAAAAACGAAUUGGUUUGCAAAUGUGAUGGUUUUUCACUCGAACACUCGAGCUCUUUUUCUCUUUUCAAAUUGUUUGCAUUCAAAGUGUGUUCAUCAAAAUAAUUUUUGAUUAAAUGUAGCAUAUGAAAAUCGAAUUGAAAAACAAUAAAAUUUGAAACAAUUUCCGGCGUUUAAAUUUUUGUAUGUUGACAUAGGUCGAUUUAGAUGACUUAGAUUCAAGUAUAAUUACAUAUAUUUAUUGAUAUUCGUUGAAAAAGAAUUAAAUUUACCAAUAACUUAAAAAACAAUAAAAAAAAUAAUGUGUAUGAUAGUGGUAAAGAAUUACAUAUUUUGUUGCAACGAUUCCGAAAAGAAAAUUCAAAUAUACAAAAUUAAGGUAAACUAAGGCAGUUAGGUCAUAAAUCGAUGUGUUAAUUCAUUUUAUCGAUUUUUUUUUUUAUAUA